AUGAAGCAUGUGCUUUCUGGGAAGACUGUUGGGUUGCCGUUGGCGUCGGAGGAAUCAGGCACCCACGCCAGCUAUGCGCUUAAGAGCAAAGAAGGAGCCGUCUAUUUGCACCGCCUGGCCAGUCCGUCGCCCACUGUGGGGCUGGUGGCCACCAGCGAACAGUAUAAAACAAACAAAUCCAACGACUACAGAACGAAG